UCUCAUUGACCAACGACUGCCUGGGAACUGUUUACAGUGUCAAUGACACGUUCAUGACUGGCAUACGGACGAAUUGAACAUAAUCAGUACGUUGCAACGAUAUUAUAACAGGAGGUCACUGCGGCAUAAGUUGCUGUAAUCAGGCCCUGUUGUUCGAACGAGUUGCCAGUCAAUAUCAUGUCAUCCUACAACUACGCGGAAGUACCCAAUCAAAAUCUGGUGUGCUGCAUCUGCCGCUCUCCAUUUGUUGACCCAUGCACUACACGGACAUGCUGCCAUACAUUCUGUUAUGAGUGUAUAGCUCGGGCGAUCGCCAUUUCCGCUCAAUGUCCCGUGGAUCGUUGCUCACUCAAUGUUCACGAUCUUGUGCCAGCUGAUCCCUUGAUACGCAAUCUGGUGGAUGAGCUUGUAGUGGAGUGUCCAAACAAGGAAGAGGGGUGUUCACAUACCUGCCAACGGAUGCUACUCCCAGUGCACCUGAAGGACUGUUGCAAAUACGUCGAGGUGCCAUGUUCUGAGGGCAAGUGCAGCAAGGGAGUGCUUCGUAAGGAUCUCGCGUCGCAUACUCAUGCGCAUGAUGUCUCUUCGGAGGAAGACACUGGUCGUUCCUCUCCUUGUCUAGACUCGUCCUCUGUGGAUGGCCGAGGCGAGAAAUCCCAUGAAUCUCAAGAGAGUCCGCAGCCCUCUCAGGAGGACGCGAGGAAUUUCCCGGACACGACAAACUCGUCCUAUGAAGCUCUGGAGGUGGAGAAUGCCAGGCUGCGUCUCCGACUCUCAUCCCUGGAAGGCGUCGUCAACACUCUGCAAUACGAGCUACAAGCCGUUCGACAGGCUUUGGGACCUUGGUACAGGACACAGGACACCGACGUGCGACGAGGGUGGGGUGGCACACCGCAGCAUCAGGAGCGUUAUUCCUCCAUGAACCCUGCGCCCUCGACAUCUGCAAUCAUCGAUCCGCUUGUCCUUCCUCAAGCGUCGUCAAGUCGAGACGAGAAUACAUCUGCUGCGUCAGUGUCUGCGCCUCCACUAGCGACUUCACCAACCAGCCCGACGGCCCCCUCCGAGCUUGUGGCAGGGAGCGACCUUUCGUCGUACUUCCCGCCAGCAGAGGAGGAAGACGUCUACUCCCCUGACUUCGUCCGCACUCACCAAGCACAUCGAACAACAGCAAUGGGAUCCAGCCAACCUCGCGACUCUUCCCACCACCCGUAUCGCUCCGGCACGCAGCGUAUUCCCCUCUCCCAAUCACAGCCCGCAUCGGGCCACGCCUACCCACCACACGCGUUCAGUCCUACAGGGUACCCCGCCGGCCCCGCCCCGCCGCACCCAGACCUUGGAGCCAUCUCAAUCCCGCCGCUGGACCCGAGUGUGCCCCUCCCGAGUACGCUUGCGUCUCUCCACGGGUCUAUUGUCUCGCUCGCGGGCGCGCUCGGAGCAUUGGCGACGACGCGUGCGCAGGAUACGCUAUAUACUGGUGAGGAGCUGCGGAGCAUGCGGGCGGGGAUACAUGGUUUGCGAAUGCAGCUACACGACGUAGUAACUGCUCACGUCGCGUCGCGGGACACGUCGACGCCUCCGCUCAACACGGGCGUCGGCGGCACCAUGCCGGACGGCGUCGGGUCGGGAGGUGUUGCUUUGCCCGGCGGGCCAUCGGCGUGGAUGGGCUAUGGCCCUGGGCCCCGACCCUUUGGAGCAUUUGCCUUCCCGCAUAUGCCUGGUGGAUUUACGAAGCUAUGAGAAUUCGGUAUGGACAUGGAUGGGUGAAUAGGUUGUAGGAACACUACAUUAUUUGCGUUGUAAGAUACGCGCGAAUGAUCAGACCUCGACUUGAGGGGUAGAUUGCACUCA